UCUGUGGAAAUGCUGAGGAGAAAAGGGCCCCUCAGAUGAGCGUGGUCGGCGAUCAGUCUUUCCCGAAGGCGAUGGCAGGGACCAAAACAAGCCGGUUUUGGUUGCUAGCUGCAAACUGAGAGAAGCAGGCUGAGGGCUGCCAGGCGGGAUGGAUCCCUGUGGAGACCCGGCAGUGCCCGGUGGCGACUGUCCCCAGACUAGGGGACCGGGGCUCCAGGGGGCGUCUGGCCAGGAGGGUCCUCUGCAGGGCACUUGCGUGGACAGCAGCCACAGUGAACGCGAAGACCGAAACGGAAUGUCUGAAGAACUUAUUAUGGUUGUCCAAGAAAUGAAAAAGUAUUUCCCAGCCGAGAGACACACUAAACCCGGCACCUUAGAUGCCCUUAACUAUGCCCUGCGCUGUGUACAUAGUGUACAAGCAAACAGUGAAUUUUUCCAGAGUCUCAGUCCACACGGAACACGUCAGGCAGAUGUGACUGUAUACAGCCUUGAGGAGCUGACCUCUCUGGCUUCUGAACAUACUUCCAAGAACACAGACACCUUUGUGGCAGUGUUUUCGUUUCUGUCUGGAAGGUUAGUGCACAUUUCUGAGCAGGCUGCUCUGAUCCUGAAUUCUAAGAAAGGUUCCCUCAAGAGCUUGCACUUUGUCGACUUGCUUGCCCCUCGAGAUGUGAGGGUGUUCUACGCACACACUGCUCCAACUCAGCUUCCUUUCUGGAACAACUGGACACAAAAAGACUCACAGUAUGAAUGUGCACCAGUGAAACCCUUUUUCUGCAGAAUCUGUGGCGGUGGAGGCAGAGAGCAGAAGAGGCAUUACUCUCCAUUCCGGAUCCUCCCCUAUUUGGUUCAUGUACAUAGCUCUGCCCAGCCAGAACCAGAGCCUUGCUGUCUAACACUGGUUGAAAAGAUUCACUCUGGUUACGAAGCUCCUCGAAUCCCUGUAGAUAAAAGAAUUUUUACCACAACACACACGCCAGGAUGUGUGUUUCUUGAAGUAGAUGAAAGAGCAGUGCCUUUGCUGGGUUACCUACCUCAGGAUCUGAUUGGAACAUCGAUCUUAACAUACUUGCACCCAGAAGAUCGGCCUCUGAUGCUUGCCAUACACCAAAAAGUUUUAAAGUAUGUGGGCCACCCUCCGUUUGAACACUCGCCUGUCAGAUUCUGCACUCAGAACGGAGAUUAUAUCAUCCUGGAUUCCAGCUGGUCCAGCUUCGUAAACCCCUGGAGCCGGAAGGUCUCCUUCAUCAUUGGUCGGCAUAAAGUCCGAACGAGUCCACUAAAUGAAGAUGUUUUUGCCACCAGAAUAAAAAAGGCAGCCAAUAACGACAAAGAAAUAACAGAAUUACAAGAGCAAAUUCACAAACUUCUCUUGCAGCCGGUUCACGCUAGUGCUUCCAGUGGCUACGGGAGCCUGGGCAGCAGCGGCUCACAGGAGCAGCACGUCAGCAUCUCCUCUUCGAGUGAGUCAAGUGCACACUGUGCGGAGGAAGCUCAGCAGGAGCAGAUGACCCUGCAGCAGGUCUAUGCCAGUGUAAACAAAAUUAAGAAUGUGGGCCAACAGCUCUACAUUGAGUCGCUGGCCAGAUCAUCAGUGAAGCCAGUGAUGGAGACGUGCGUGGACCUGCAGGGUGGUGAUGAGCAGAAGGACUUUUCUUCCUCUCAGACACUGAAAAAUAAAAGCAUGGAUACCGGCUCCAGCGGCGAUCUGCAGCGAGAGCAGCACAGCUCGUCCUAUCAGCAGAUGAACUGUAUCGACAGCGUCAUCAGGUACCUGACAAGCUACAGCCUCCCAUCCUUGAAAAGAAAGUGCAUCUCUUGCACAAACACGUCUUCAUCCUCAGAAGAAGCCAAGCCAAACCCAGAGGCGGACAGUAGCCUGCGAGACACUGAACAGCUUCUGGACAUAUGGAAACAGGACACAACUGGACCAUCCACAGAUGCCGAAGGAGGUGCCUCACGGACCCUGUCCACCACUGCACUGAGCAUGGCGUCUGGCAUAAGCCAGUGCAGCUGCAGCAGCAGCACUGACCACUUCCCACCCCUACAGUCAGCAGAAAGUGUUGCCGUAGCGUGUAAGCCCUGGGCCCUGAGAACGAAGGCCUCGCACCUGACUGCAGGAGGAUUUAAGCACGUGGGGCUCACAGCGGCUGUCCUCUCUGCACACACACAGAAGGAGGAGCAGAGCUAUGUCGACAGGUUCCGGGAAAAGAUCCUGACCUCACCCUACAGUUGUUAUCUUCAGCAUGAAAGCAGAAGCCGUGCUAAGUACUCCUGUGUUCAAGCAGGGUCCACCCCUAAGCACAGCGGAUGUGCGGGAAGUGAGAGACGGAAGCAUAAACGGAAGAAACUGCGGACGCCUGUGGACACCGGAAGCUCCAGUGCCCGCCUCUGUCCCCAUGUCAGAGGACUCCUUCCAGAUGAGCAGUGCUGGAACCCUUCCAUCCUCCCCUCUCCCCAUGCUGCAGGCCUGGCUUUCCCCUCUGCCCUGCUAGUUCCCAGCCAGACACCGUAUCUCCUUCCCUCUUUUCCCUUCCAAGAUACGGCCUCUCAGGGAGUAGGGGAUUGUGCAGCCCGGGGAGCUGCAGCUGCAUGUCCGCCUCUGUCCCCUGGCCCUCAGUCUGUCCCCGAGUUCCCGCCUGCUUACUUGGAUACUUUGAUGGCGGUCUUCCUGCACAGCGCCCCUCUCUUUCCUCUGUGGCCGGCAUCAUCCUCUCCGUAUCCGUUCCUGGUGGAGACAGGUUCUUCUGAACUGGCGCCCUUAGUACCAGCAACGGCUCCAAACCUGGAACCAACCUCUUCAGACCAAGGCCAAAGGAGAGUGGAGGAGAAUUGGGAGGCACACGGUGAAGAGCUUCCGUUCAUUAGCUCACGGAGCAGUUCACCACUGCAGUUAAAUUUACUCCAGGAGGAAAUGCCUGCACCGUCAGAGUCUAAAGAAGCCGUGAGGAGGGGCGCUGGCCCAGAUGCUAAGCACCACUGUGUUACAGGUCACAGUGGCGGUCAGAGCUGUCACUGUGCCACUGGUGAGCUGGCUAUAGCAGCAGUACAGCAGGAGUCUCCGUCUGCAGCUGCCUCAGGAAGCAGUGCCAGCAGUCUAUACUUCAGUAGCAGUGACUACGCUUCUGAAGUCUCUGAAAAUGGACAGAGGUCACAGGAUGGACAGAGAGACGAAGCCUUUCCCGGGGCGGCUGAAGAGUCCAUCUGGAGAAUGAUAGAACGGACGCCAGAGUGUGUUCUCAUGACAUACCAGGUGCCUGACAGGGGUAGAGACGAGGUGCUGAAGCAAGACCUGGAAAAGCUUCACAGCAUGGAACAGCAGCAGCCCCAGUUCUCACCUGCCCAGAAGGAGGAGCUGGCCAAGGUGCGCUCCUGGAUCCACAGCCACACUGCCCCUCAGGACAGACACCUCAGAGCUGUGUCCCCUAUGAAGACAGAGGUUCAGUCGGCGACGCUGCAGAGGUCCCCGAACAGCACCCAGCAGAAGACACCAGUUGAGCAGUUGUGAAGAUGUCACGCCGUCUCCAGGUCAUGUGGGACACAGAGAUGUGUGUCACCUCAGCACAGUCUAACUCUUAAAUGGCACUCAUCAACAUUAAGGUCUUCCCUGGCAUUGUCUGGUUUGCUUUCAGUGGUGCUGGGGAUCAAACCCAGGGCCUAGCAUCCACUAGGCUGCCAUUCCCCACCGCUGACCUGUAUCCCCAGCCCUCCCUUCUUGGUUUUCCCAAAGCAGGAAUAUUUGUAGGCUCUGGUUCCUGAUGUUAAAACUGCCAACGAGAAGCCUUCUCAAGCUCAUCUGUCACCUGGUCUGACAGUGUAAUCUCAGAAGUCUCCCUGAGUCCGUUACAGUUGGAGCGAGUCCCAGGCCUGAGUCUUCUUUGCGAUGUUCUGUUGUUACAAAAUCAUUUUCCCACUAGAAUACUUGAAGAACUUCUGUCUGUGGGUUGUGUGUUUCUCACGGUGUUUUCCGUGAACUUACCACAUUGAUCAGCAUGGUGCUUCUCUUCCUGAUUGUAAGACAUUCCAGCUUUCUCACAAAAACAAAAAAACGUCAGAGGGCAUGGUCCUCUAGGAACUGUGGGGGUCGUGGUUUCAGUUGUUUGAGCCCAUUCUCGUCCAUGCUCUUCCUGUGGCAGCCGCCUUUCACGGGAGCGCUUUCCUUGAGAUCUGUCUGCUAGACAGGACUUUGGAUGACUGAAGUUAAGCCUCGAAUGUUAAAAAGCCUCUUACUCAAACAGCAGUGUUUUUAAAGGUUUUUUUUUUUUUUUGGUUAUAAAAUAAAUGUGGAAAGUUUUAAAUAUUACGUUAAUGUUAUCAUGGAGGCAUGUGUGCCCAGGCUCACCAAAACAAACGGUUAAUUUUUCCUUUUCAUCAAAUUACACGGCAAGGUCUCCAUGCCGACCAGCAGUCUGGAGGCCAUGCCUGUUGUUUGCCUUUGAACAGGGGUAAGUAUUUGAGGCCUUCAGAGCAAGGGGACACUUAGGGGAGCUUGGGGACCCCAGCUUGGUGACAGCAGGGUCCCAUGAGUCUGUGCUCUCCAGGUAGUUUGGUCUCAGAAGUGACUGCGAUUGUUUCCGCUCGCUCUCCAGUGCUCUGGUUUGGAGAAGCUCAAGGUUCCUUCUUGACCAGGGAAUGGCUGUGGACUCUGCCGUGCAGGUCAGGAAAGAACUGGCAGGGAGGAGGUUUACAGCGCCCGUUUCCUGCUUCUCUUCGUGCAGUGCAACUUACUUUCCUUUUUCUACCCCCUGGUUUUUUUUUUGUUUUUGUUGUUUUUGUUUUGUUUUAGGAAAACACUUUUUUCUCCUCUGACAAUUUAUAGCUAUUGCUAACUGUAUUGUCAUUGUGGUCAGGAGACGGUCAUAGACGCCACUGUGCCCAGCACUCGUACUCGGCGGCUUGGACCUCUUUUCUAAAAUAAUGCUUUUUCUGGACCGUAGUCCUAUCGGAAGGUAUCAGAAACAUUUUAAGAUGCUGCCUAUGACGUUUCUUGAAACUUUCUGACACUGAGCAGUUUCUGAUACGUGUUCCUGCUAUGUGAAUAAAGAGACUUCUCAGAACCUACUCCAUCCUGGUAGUUAAGUGGUUUGAGAGGCCUGCGUUAGUCAGGUUGGCCUUCUCUGGCAAAGGGUUGUGCUCGUCUGGAGCUACCAGGACCCUUCUGCGUUAGUGUACAUACAGCAGACCAGGUUUCUGGUGAAAGGUCCUUUCCUGUUGGUUCUGGAUCCCCGUUUGCUCUACAGUUCCUUAUUUCCUUGCCUUAGUCCACACCUUAUGGAGUCUGUGUUAUGCCAGGCUUGAUUUGAAAAUGGUGCUGUAGUCAGGUCUGUAAAGUCCUUUACCAAGUCUCACCUCUGCUAGGAUGCCCUCAGUACACUCGGCAAUCCCUGCUGCUGAGGGCCGGUCCAGCAGAGGCUGCUGCCCCCCGUGGGGGUCACACCCAGUGGAAACUCAAGCUCACUGACUUUUAUACUAGUAACUAGAGAACUGAUAAGAAAAGCGUGUAUUGUAGACUUGAGUGUCUACAUAAAUGUUUACCCAAAGGUUUAUUUUCUGGGGUCAGAGGUCAAAAUUUAUGAAAAUAAGAUGUUAUGUAAAUAAAUGGAUUAAAUGAAAUAUUAUCGUUCACAAGAUGGCAAAUUUUAACCAAAUUGGCAAUUUGUUCAUAAUUAACAUUGAGUUUGCUCGUACGUAAUGGAUAUUUAUCUUUUCAUUGGUUAUCUUUUUGAGUAAAAACAAUAAACAGUGUAUGUGUUCAAGUGGA